ACCCCGCGCCGACCUGGCCGUGACCGACUCCACUCGGCCUCGCUGCCGUGCCGUACCAUACCGUGCCGCCCUGUUCAUCGGGUCAAAUCCCUCGUCUUCUUCCUCGUCGCUUCCUCUCCACCACCUCCCCACUUCUCCUCCUAAUCCCCAAUCCGGAACCUCACCGCGGAGAACCCCAGAUCAAACCCUUCCCCCGCCCAUUCCCAUUCCCACUCCCAUUCCACCGGUGCGAUCCGUUUCCUCCUUACUUCCCUGCCCGCCCGAGGGAGAAGACGAAAUCGGGACCGACCGCCGAGGUUUCUUGAUCCGGGCGCGUGAUUCGCGGCGCCCAGGCACCAGUGAGAAAUCAAAUCAAGAACGGGGCAGGGGAAGCCCGGGGAAGUGAGACGAGGGCGCGGGGAGCAAUCAAGAUCGCUUCUUGGAGCUGUCGGUUCCCCCGCGCCAAUGCCGGAUCCGGCCGGCGGCGCCCCCCGCUCCCAGUGCGCCGGGCUGGCAUGCCCCCUCUGAGCGCCCCCGCCUGCCGCCGCGGCUCCCGAUGCUCGUGUGGUCCUCGGGAGCAGGAGAGGGAGCAGCGGCCGUCGUGGGCGGCGGUCAGGAGCGAGGAUGCAGAUCCGGCUGUCGCCGAGCAUGAGGAGCAUCACCAUCUCCACUAGCCAUGGCCUGCUAGACUUGAUGAGGCUCAAGGUCGCCGCGCGACACUUCUCCUACCGCACCGUCUUCCACACCGUCCUCAUCCUCGCCUUCCUCCUGCCCUUCGUCUUCAUACUCACCGCCGUCAUGACGCUCGAGGGCUUCAACAAGUGCUCCUCACUAGAUUGUCUGGGAAGACGUUUAGGUCCGCGCCUUCUUGGUAGGGGAAAUGAUGGUUCCAUGAGGCUUGUGAGGGAUUUGUAUGUGAUGCUUGAUGAAGUAAAUUCUGAGGAAGCACCUCUUGAUUUGAAGGUUCCAGAAACUUUUGAUGAAUUUAUCUGGGACAUGAAGAAUAAUGAUUAUGAUUUAAGAUCAUUUGCUUUUAAGCUGAAGGCUACGAUGGAGAGCAUGGAUAAGGAAUUGAGGUCAUCAAGGUUAUCGGAGCAGUUGAACAAGCAUUAUGCUGCAAUUGCUAUUCCUAAAGGCCUUUAUUGCCUUUCAUUGCGUUUAACUGAUGAAUACUCCUCAAAUGCCCUUGCAAGGAAACAACUACCACCCCCAGAGUUGGUGCCUUGUCUUUCGGACAACUCCUAUUACCAUUUUGUUUUAGCAUCAGAUAACAUCCUUGCAGCCUCAGUUGUGGUCAGAUCAACAGUUAGAUCAUCACUGAAACCUGAGAGGAUAGUUUUCCAUGUUAUUACUGACAAAAAGACCUAUCCUGCCAUGCAUUCAUGGUUUGCUUUAAAUUCUCUCAGUCCUGCUAUUGUUGAGGUGAAAGGUGUUCACCAAUUUGAUUGGUUAACAAAAGAAAAUGUUCCUGUACUUGAAGCUAUAGAAACUCAGCGCACUGCCCGAGAUCGUUACCAUGGAAGUCACCGUCCAAGAACCAGUGCUAGUGAUAGCCCAAGGGUUUUUGCAGCCAAGCUGCAGGCAGGAAGUCCAACAUAUACUAAUAUGCUCAAUCAUAUUCGAAUAUACUUGCCUGAGUUGUUCCCAAGCCUCAACAAGGUCGUAUUUCUUGAUGAUGAUGUUGUUGUCCAACAUGACCUAUCACCACUUUGGGAUAUCGAUCUAGCUGGGAAGGUUAAUGGUGCUGUUGAGACUUGCAGAGGUGGAGAUAGUUGGGUGAUGUCUAAGAAGUUCAGAAAUUAUUUCAACUUUUCGCAUCCCCUCAUUGCAAAAAACUUUGACCCUUCAGAGUGUGCUUGGGCAUAUGGUAUGAAUAUUUUUGACCUCAAUGCAUGGAGGAAGACAACAAUCAAAGAUAAAUAUCAUCAUUGGGUCAAGGAGAACCUGAAGUCAAACUUCACACUUUGGAGGCUUGGAACAUUACCACCAGGCCUUAUAGCAUUUAAAGGCCAUGUUCACCCAAUUGAUCCAUCAUGGCAUCUGUUAGGCUUGGGUUAUCAGGAAAAGACAGAUAUCAGUAGUGUUGAACAAGCAGCAGUUAUACAUUAUAACGGGCAAAGUAAACCGUGGCUGGAGAUUGGUUUUAAACAUCUUCAACCAUUUUGGACAAAAUAUGUGAACUACUCAAAUGAAUUCAUAAGAAACUGUCAUAUAAUGGAGCCUCAGUUGUAGAUUGUCGUGACAAUAUAAAUAAAAGCAUAUAUUAAGUGAAAUUAAAUUUGUUAUUUUGGAGAUCAACAGCAGAGAGUUUAUGAAGGGUAACCGGGGAGCUCAGUAAUCCCCACACAUGGUUACAUGCGCUGAUGGAGAAUAUUCAAUGAACAGAAAGGAAAUGUUAUUUUUUCCCCAUUUACUUUAGGACCCUUUUCCUUUAAUUUAUUCCAUUUGUAUCAUAGCUCAUGAAAUUACGAUAUUGUUUAGGAUGGUUCUUUUGUAUUUGAUGGAGCAAUAUAUAAGUUGAAUUGAUGGUAGUCCCAUCAUUAUUGUAAUUGAUGAAGAGUAUACACAGUUCACCAUGUGAAAAGCAUGGAUUUUGAUUAUGCAAAGCAAACCUUGUAUACUUGUUACUUAUUUUUCGGUUC